AUGGGCGAUCUCCUCAGGACUGGUCGUCCUAAAUCGGGGUCGGAGGACACGUGCGUGCGGCACAACGGGGGUUCGGUGGUGGACAUCACGUUCGCCACCCCGGACCUAGCCCGCCGUGUCCAGGGCUGGAGAGUCCUGGUGGAGGAGGAGACGCUGUCCGAUCACCGGUACAUACGGUUCAGUGUCUCCACUCCCCGGACCAACCAGCCCAGUAACAGUGGAAGUUUGACCUCCCCGACGAGGGGGCGGCCAGCGUUGGGCCGUUACGCGGCUCAACCGGGAGGCCGUGAAGGAAGCCGCUCUUGUUCAGGCGUGGUUCCCUGUACCGGCAGGGCCGGUGCGGGUCGAAGAGGAGGCGGAGUGGUUCGGGGGGGCAAUGUCGCAAAUCUGCGACGCGGCCAUGCCCCGGCCCGAUGCCUCCCUCCGAAGCGACAGGUGUACUGGUGGUCGGCGGAGCUCACCCAGUUACGCGCGUCCUGCAUGGCUGCGCGCCGUCGACUCGCCAGACACCGCCGCCGUCAUUCCCGUCCGCCCGGCGAUGAUGAACAGGAGCGGCUGCUUCACGGCCUACACAAGACGGCCAAGAGAGCGCUGCGGGUGGCCAUUGCGCAAGCAAAGGCCGCGGCACGUGAGGAGUCUCGGAGAACUCUCGACAGCGACCCGUGGGGACGCCCGUACCGCAUGGCGUUGAGCAAGCUCCGCCCGUGGGCGCCCCGCUGA